AUGGCGGCGCGGGGAGCUGCUCGGCGGCUUCUCCUCGGCUCCCUGUGGCUCGGGCUUCUCUUCGGGCAGCGCCCCGAGUCGAGCGCCGCCGCCGCCGCCGCCAGGAGCAGCAGCUCCUCGCCGCAGCAGAACCUCCCGCCCGCAGGACCUACUGUGAGGACGUUUACUCCAUUUUAUUUUAUUGUGGAACCAGUGGACACUCUGUCAGUUAGAGCUUCUUCUGUUAUACUGAAUUGUUCAGCUUAUUGUGAGUCAUCUCCAAAAAUUGAAUGGAAAAAGGAUGGGACUUUCUUGAACUUGGUGUCAGAUGACCGACGCCAGCUGCUACCAGAUGGAUCUUUAUUAAUUAACAGUGUAGUGCAUUCCAAGCACAAUAAGCCCGAUGAAGGGCAUUAUCAGUGUGUUGCAACUGUUGAAAGCCUUGGGACUAUUGUAAGCAGAACGGCUAAGCUCACAGUAGCAGGGCUUCCAAGGUUCACCACUCAGCCGGAAUCAGAAUCUGUCUAUAGAGGAAACAGCAUAGUUCUUAACUGUGAAGUCAAUCCUGAUCUAGCACCCUUUGUAAGGUGGGAGCUAGAUCAUCAGCCGCUCUUUCUGGAUGAUCGAGUAUUCAAAUUGCCAAGUGGAGCUUUAAUUGUUAGCAAUGCUACAGAUGAGGAUGGCGGAACAUAUUGUUGUAUUAUUGAAAUUGGUGGUUCUCCCAAAUACAGUGAUGAAGCAGAGAUUAAAGUUCUUCCAGAAUCUGAAAUUUCCUCAGAUCUGAUGUUCCUGAGACAGCCUUCCUCACUUACCAAAGUUACUGGACAGAGUGCAGUUUUGCCAUGUGUUGCUGCAGGUAUUCCCAUUCCUGUUAUCAGAUGGACAAGAAAUGAAGAAGAGCUUGUUACAGAAAGCUCUCAAAAUUUUUUAUUGCUGGCUGGGGGGACUCUGAAGAUAAACGAUAUUACAGAAGAUGAUACUGGAACAUAUACCUGCAUUGCAGAUAAUGGAAAUGAAACAAUUGAAGCGCAAGCUGAUCUUACGAUACAAGCUCCUCCUGAGUUUCUGAAGCAGCCUUCUAAUAUCUAUGCUCAUGAGUCCAUGGAUAUUGUGUUUGAAUGUGAUGUGACUGGGAAGCCAUCUCCAACAGUGAAGUGGGUAAAGAAUGGAGAUGUGGUGAUCCCUAGUGACUACUUUAAAAUUGUAGAUGAGCAUAACCUGCAGGUUUUGGGUCUGGUAAAAUCAGAUGAAGGAUUUUAUCAGUGUAUUGCAGAAAAUGAUGUGGGAAACAUACAGGCUGGAGCCCAACUGAUAAUAAUUGAUCAUGAUGUUGCCAUCCCAACAUUACCUCCCACUUCACUGACCAGUGCCACUACUGACCAUCUAGCACCAGCAACAACUGGACCCUUGCCUUCUGCCCCUCGAGAUGUUGUGGCUUCCCUUGUCUCUACCCGCUUCAUCAAGCUGACCUGGAGGACCCCUGCAUCUGAUCCACAUGGAGACAAUCUCACCUACUCAGUAUAUUACACCAAAGAAGCUAUAAACAGGGAGCGUGUUGAAAACACAAGUCAUCCUGGGGAAAUGCAAGUGACAAUUCAAAACCUGAUGCCUGAGACAGUGUAUGUUUUCAGAGUGGUAGCUCACAAUAAACAUGGACCUGGAGAAAGUUCAGUGCCGCUAAAGGUGGCAACUCAACCUGAGGUUCAGCUUCCUGGCCCAGCCCCCAAUAUUCGGGCAUAUGCUAUCUCCCCCACAUCAAUUACUGUCAGUUGGGCAACACCUUUAUCUGGCAACGGUGAAAUCCAGAACUACAAGCUAUACUAUAUGGAGAAGGGGACAGAAAAUGAACAGGACAUUGAUGUUGGAGGACUUUCCUACACAGUCACUGGUUUGAAAAAAUAUACAGAAUAUAGUUUCCGCAUUGUGGCCUACAAUAAACACGGUCCAGGAGUUUCUACACAAGAUGUUGUUGUUCAGACACUGUCAGAUGUUCCUAGUGCUGCACCCCAGAAUCUAUCUCUAGAAGUGCAAAACUCCAAGAGCAUUAUGAUGCUUUGGCAGCCCCCUCCUGCAGGAACACACAAUGGGCAAAUUACUGGCUAUAAGAUCCGCUACCGGAAAGUGACUCGCAAAAGUGAUGUGACUGAGAGCAUUGUUGGGACACAACUUUCCCAGCUAAUAGAAGGUCUGGAACGAGGUACAGAGUACAGCUUCCGCGUCGCUGCCUUAACAGUCAAUGGUACAGGACUAUCUACUGACUGGAUAUCGGCAGAAACGUUUGAAAGUGACCUUGAUGAAUCUCGUGUUCCAGAAGUUCCAAGUUCCCUACAUGUCCGUCCACUUGUAACGAGUAUCGUUGUGAGCUGGACUCCACCUGAAAAUCAGAACAUUGUGGUCAGAGGUUAUGCUAUAGGCUAUGGUGUUGGCAGCCCACAUGCACAGACCAUCAAGGUGGAUUACAAACAGCGAUAUUACACUAUUGAGAACUUGGAUCCCAGUUCCCAUUAUGUGAUAACUUUGAAAGCAUAUAACAAUGUUGGUGAAGGAAUCCCACUCUAUGAGAGUGCAGUGACCAGGGCCUAUACAGACACUUCUGAAGUUGAUUUAUUUGUUGUUAAUGCUCCGUACACUCCAGUGCCAGAUCCCUCCCCUAUGAUGCCACCUGUGGGAGUUCAGGCUUCCAUACUGAGCCAUGACACCAUACGAAUCACCUGGGCAGACAACUCUCUGCCAAAGAACCAGAAGGUCUCCGAUGCCCGCUACUACACAGUCCGCUGGAAAACCAACAUUCCUGCAAACACAAAGUACAAGACUGCAAAUACAACCACCUUAAGCUUCUUAGUAAGUGGCUUAAAACCAAACACCUUGUAUGAGUUCUCUGUGAUGGUGACUAAAGGCCGAAGAUCAAGUACUUGGAGUAUGACAGCUCACGGAACUACUUUUGAACUAGUUCCAACUUCUCCCCCAAAGGAUGUGACAGUGGUGAGCAAAGAAGGAAAGCCUCGAACCAUCAUAGUCAACUGGCAGCCUCCGUCUGAAGCCAAUGGCAAAAUUACAGGUUACAUCAUUUACUAUAGCACAGAUGUCAAUGCCGAAAUACAUGAUUGGGUCAUUGAACCAGUAGUAGGAAAUAGAUUGACCCACCAGAUUCAGGAGUUAACUCUCGAUACAGCAUAUUAUUUCAAAAUCCAAGCCCGCAACUCCAAAGGCAUGGGCCCUAUGUCAGAGGCAGUACAGUUCAGAACACCUAAAGCAUUGGGGGCUGCUGGAAAAGGAAACCGGCCAGUGGAUGUUGGGACAGACUAUAAAACACCCAUGAGUGGAAGCAACAGCCCUCAUGGAAGCCCUUCCCCUCUGGAAUACAAUUUGCUUCUGGUGAUAAUAGUGUCUGUGGGAGUGAUCACGAUUGUGGUGGUGGUGAUUGUUGCCGUCUUCUGCACUCGGCGCACCACCUCUCACCAGAAGAAGAAGCGAGCUGCUUGCAAGUCUGUGAAUGGGUCUCAUAAAUACAAAGGGAAUUCCAAGGACGUCAAGCCCCCUGAUCUUUGGAUUCAUCAUGAGAGGCUGGAGCUGAAACCUAUUGAUAAAUCUCCAGAUCCCAAUCCAAUUAUGACAGACACACCAAUCCCUCGUAAUUCUCAAGAUAUCACACCAGUUGACAAUUCCAUGGACAGCAAUAUCCAUCAAAGACGGAACUCAUAUAGAGGCCAUGAGUCAGAGGAUAGCAUGUCCACCCUUGCAGGAAGAAGGGGGAUGAGGCCAAAAAUGAUGAUGCCAUUUGAUUCUCAACCUCCUCAGCCUGUGAUUAGUGCUCAUCCCAUCCAUUCCCUUGAUAACCCCCAUCAUCAUUUCCACUCCGGCAGCCUCGCUUCUCCAACCUGCAGCUAUCUCCAUCAUCAGGCCAACCCAUGGCCCGUUGGCACAUCCGUGUCCCAUUCAGACAGGGCUAAUUCCACAGAAUCUGUUCGGAAUACACCUAGCACAGAUACCAUGCCAGCUUCCUCAUCUCAGACAUGUUGUGCUGACCACCAGGAGCCAGAAAGUGCCACAGGAUCUUAUCUGCCCAGUACUCAGGAGGAGGAGACAGGCCAAAACCUCCCUACUGCCCAUGUUCGCCCCUCUCAUCCUCUGAAGAGCUUUGCUGUGCCAGCAGUCCCACCCACCGGGGCAACCUAUGACCCUGCCUUGCCAAGCACACCUUUAUUAUCCCAGCAAGCUUCUAGCCAUCCAGUUCAUUCAGUGAAGACCGCAUCAAUUGGCACUUUGGGGAGAACCCGGCCUCCUAUGCCAGUCGUGGUCCCAAGUGCCCCCGAAGUGCAGGAAACAACAAGGAUGCUCGAAGACACAGAAAGUAAUUAUGAACCGGAUGAGCUGACCAAAGAGAUGGCCCACCUGGAAGGACUAAUGAAGGACCUUAAUGCCAUCACGACAGCAUGACCACCUUCCCCAAGGAACGACUCCAGAUCCUGUUUCACAGGUCUUGGGACUUGGCCUUGGAGCACAAGGAAAUGUACAAAGACUAGGGGACAGCACAAGAAGGACACACAGCCAGCUACAGCAUCAGUGCCACUGCUGGUUAAUCAAGCGACUUUUCUACUCAUUGCCCUGAAAUGAACCUGUUGGAAAGUUGGAUUCCACUUCCUACUGAGAUGACACGUGAAAAGGGGGGGGGGGGAAUGCAUCAGGCGGACGAAAUCCAGUAUCCAGAGAAAGAAGUGGACUUAGCGUUAAUUUGAGUCAGGUUUUGUCUCAGUGCUGUGACCUUCCCUGCUUUUUUCAGUGUUGGACAUUCACAUUUAUGUACAAUUUUAUUUGUGUGUUUUUAUUUUAUUGUAUCUUUUUUAUUAAAAAAAAAAAAAGAAAGAAGAAAGUGUAAUCCGACGAAAAAGAAAUUUGUGUUGUUUCCCACAGCCUAGACGGAUGUUUGAUUGCUUGUUCUAUUGUGUACGGGAAUUCAUUGCCAGUGUGGGUUGUUCAGUUUUUUUUGUUUUUAGUGUGUGUAUAAUUACAUCACUUUCCAGCAGUUAAUCCAUGGCCUUGGGGGAUGCUGCAUUGCUAUUUGUAAGCUUUUUUAUUUUUAUAUUAUAAUUAUUAAAAGCCUGACUAGAUUCUCUCUCAUCACUGUGAGAUUAGCUAUCUGUUUGGAUUGAAAUGUAACACUGAGAAACUUUUUUUCUUUUUCUUUUUUUGCUUUUGUGCAUUUUUCAAUAUGGGGUGGGAAUAGGGUUGGAGCAAAAAGCCAGAGUGGUAGGAAGUUACAUUGUUUCCCAGGAACAAUUAAAUGCAGCUUUAUCCAUGUGAGUACUUCCAACCAUCCCAUAGUAUAUGCUCAGGUGGACAAAUGUAAUGUGUGAACUGAAUAUUCCUGGAUAGUAAUAGGAACAAUUCCCUGAUCACAGUGACUGGGAAAAGUACCACAGUGAUCAUGUGAAUGGCUGCUAGCUACAUCUGUGUUUACCCAGUUUGUCAUUGCCCCUGUUCAUGUGAACACAUACCGAAAGUCAGUUGGCAUUGCUCAUGUGGACAAAUAAUUUUUUUUGUUUGAACCAGCCCAAAGUAAGGUAACAGGUCAGAAAGACUGGAUGAAAGCACCUUUUUCAAUAAUCUGCUUUGUGAGCUAGUCAUUCAGUGUGUCUGGUUACUAAAUUACAGGGGGGAUUUCAUCGAGAAAUGCCCUCCCCUUAUAAUGUAGGGUCCUUUAGGAUCAGAUACCACAAUGCAUCUUAGCAACUGAACUUUCUUUUGUUUUAAUGUUUCAUUUUACGAUCUAUACCUCUUAACAUUUACAUUGCAUCUUGAGUUUUAUUCCAGAUCUUUUAAUGUACAGAGGUCAGUCAUAGAUCAUGUGUAGGCCGCCUUUCUCUGUUAGUUGUACACCAUGCGAAAACGCUGUCAGAAGUAUAUUUAGUGUUGAGCCAUAAUCAAAACAAAAUGUCUUAGCAGGCUUAUUCUAAAACACCAAACACAGGCACAACGUGUCAUUCUGGCGCCGCCUAAGCCAGAGGAAGGGGUGGUGGUGGACGAAAAGGAAUUCUUUAUAAGCAAGUGAUAUUUUAUUUCCUCUCUGUUAUCUAGUUACUACCCAUACCACCAUUCUCCUUUCCAAAAGAAAGGGUCUCUACCAUCUCCUGGGAUGGUCACUUAAUGAAAAAGAAUCUGAUUGGUAAAAAGGAGGUUCUUUUGACAUUCACAUGUACACUUAAAGAGCUGUAGGGUGGGGGAGAGGAAUAGAUCUUACGGGUAGUUUUAUGUGGCAAAUUUGUUUGGGCUAAGCAGUGUUCCAUCAAGUUCAGUGCUGGCAAUGGGCUUAGGGGAGUCAGAGAACGUCCAUAACCCUCUUCGCUUGCAGGGCUGUGAUGGUCAGCAGGCCUUAUAGGGUCCUUUAACUAUCCAUUUGAUUAAGGCUGGAAUCGUAUAUUACUGGCCAACUCAAGUUUGUAAACCUCCAGCCUCCAGUAUCCAGGAGAUACUGUUUGCAGGGGAGAAGAGAUAAGUAGAAGGAGGCAUGCUUACGCCUUCCCUUCCUCUUGGAACAAAUUAUGAAAAAUAAGAAUGCUGGCAUUUUUCUUCUGAAUACUUAAAUUGACUAGAGUGGCUUCUGAAGAUGAAACACAGAAUAAUAAAUUAAUCCAAUCAAGUUACCCACUGUAACAUAUGCAACAGAAUUGUCAUGCUGGAUCCAACCAAUAAGCCAUCAAUUUUUGAAUAAUUUAUUAAUUUUUACUAUUAUAUCAAAAGUGCCAUGAAAAUGAAAUGUAAUCCAUCUAGCUCAACGUUCCGUCUUCCAACAGUAACCAUCCUGUUGCCUCAGAGACAUUCACAAGCAUAAUGUUAGGAUGUAAAUUCCUUUCUACCAUAUCCUUAAUUGUAACAAAUUAUUUGGAGGCUUAUUUUUGGUUGGUGUUGGGGCAAUCCAUGAUAAGUAAAACAUGAGCAGACUGGCAAGCCUGGAAAAUAGAUAUUCAGAAAAAAAUCAAGGGUGGAAGAGGAGGAUUCAGACACCGGUCUAGAUCCAAUUAUCUGUUUUCUGUGUGUGCUGGUGAUUUUAGGCUGAGUUUUGUUAUUGCCACACACACAUCAUCCUCAUCAAUCAGAAACAGUGAGGACAUUUUAGUAGUACAUUAAAAGCCUCACUCUGGUGCACAGACCUUGCAAUACGCUUUUCUGAAUUUGGCUGUUGUUUGUGAUCCAGAGCCCUGUACAGUCAGGUUGGGUGACUAUAUCCAUGUUAAGCACCAUUUAGUGGAAAGGCACGUUACAAAUUUAACAAAUAAAUUAAAAGGGGCUUCCUAUUCUUGCGAUAAGGAAUGUUCCACAUAACCGUUUUCCAUUGCAGAGACAAUGUUCCCAUCGCAAAGAACAGGAAAUCCUUUCAGUGUGGAGGGUUCACAUUUCAUCCACUGUGUUCAGUUGGUGCUCCUCAGAUGUGUACAUUUCUCUCUCUUACCUAUACCCAAAGAAAUGCCAUCAUGUGUACUCAGUAUUUCCCCCCACUGGUGGGUUUUUUGUGAAUAUAUUGCUACUUACGCCAUGAAUGUCAAUAUUGCCAUGAAUCUGGGAAUGCGGUUGGGGAUAUUUUUAAUAAUAAAACAACUGUUCAAAGUUGGGUUUUUUAAGGUUAAAUCUAAAAGGAAACAUUUAUUCAAGUCAGCGUACAAUAAGUCUUGCACUUUUCCACAUUUUAACACUGUUUUUUACAUAUCUUGUGACUUUAAAUUUGGAACAUUGUGUAUCUUGUAGUGUCAUAGCCAAGCUGCUCUGUCGCAGCUUCCUCCAGUUGAAUAUGGAGAAGGUGGGGUGUAUAUUGUUUUUCAGUUCUGAUGUAGGAGAGUUCUGAGGACUGCUGUAAACUUCUACCUUUCUGUACAUUUUUUCCUGUAGUAUUUGCUGUAUAAUCUAUAAAUUUUUAAUACUGUCAUGUUUAUUAUUUGGUAUUGGAUAUCCAAUACACUUUUUUAAUCUAA